AUGCCUACAGAGAAACUACCGCCAACGGGCCUAGGGGCCCCCAGGAACACCAACGUACCGCCCCUUCCACCUCAACGCUCUCCCGUGGGUACCUUACCUUCUAGCGCAGCAGCUGGAGGAGCAGCAGCAGCAGCAGCUAGGGGUGGCGCAGCAGGUUCUGCGGUGCCUGCGCAUCUGCGUCGGGGCCGUUCUUUGUUAGUGUUGACCCAAGACAAUCAGUACAAACUAUCGGCUCCUCCAGCAGACCCCCACGGGGCCCGAUCCCCCUCUCGUGAUGCGUGGAGGCCAACGAUCACUUCGGGGGCAGCCACUUCCCCCAGAAACCCAGGAGAGAGGCCGGGUGUGGUUGCACAUGGCGCUGGGGGUGCCCCAGUAGGGACCUCUGCAGAAACCCAGGAGAGAGGCCGGGUGUGGUUGCACAUGGCGCUGGGGGUGCCCCAGUAG